AUGGCUUUCUUAAUUGAGAAUGGGGAAAAUUACUCUGCUACUGAAGAUCUAAUGCAAUACACCAACUUACCUUUUACCGACCGAGUAAUGAGAUUCCCCAUGCCUGGUAAUUUUAAGGUUCCUCGAGUUGGUGAAUAUGAUGGAAGUGGAGAUCCUUCCGACCAUAUGGAGAGUUUUCGAGCUCAUAUCAUCCUUCAUGAAACUCCUGAUGAAAUCGCUUGUCGAGCCUUCCCUUUAACUUUAAGGGGAUUCCUUGCCACUAGAAGAAGAAAGAAGAACCCGGCAUAUCUAUUAUCUCUCAUGCAGGGAAAAGACGAAUCCUUGAAGGAAUAUUUGUCGCGGUUUAAUCGGGAAAAGCUGACAGUAGAGAGUACUGACGAGCAAACCAUCCUCUCAGCAUUGAUGCGUGGUAUACAAACCCAAGAACCUCUGAUGGCCGAGUUGUCAAAAAGGCCAAAAACAGGAACUUUGCGACAGUUCAACAGCAAAGCCGAGGAGUUCAUCAACCAAGAAGAAACUAUCUCGGCAUUGCUGAAAUCUAAAGCUGCCGAGAGCAAGUUUGCUGCUGAUCCUGUUAUGACAAAACCGAGAGUUAUACUCGAGAAGAAGAAAAAAGACGGUCAAAGUCUUAAAGUUCAGGAUAAGAAGAAGGAUCCAAGUUUUCGAUGGCCAGGAAGGAUGAAGUCUCCUCCCCAGCACCGCAGUACUCAGAAGUUUUGCGAGUAUUAUAACGAUCAUGGGCAUCAGACCGAGGAUUGUAUCAGUCUUCGGUUUGAGAUCGAAAAAUUUCUAAGAAAUGGGAAGUUAUUGAAUUUCUUGGCUGAGGAAAAUAGCAAAGGAAAGAAUGUUCAGGAUAUAUAG